CACUGACAGCAAUUAAAAUCGGUUGAAGGUCGCACGUAGUUCAUGUCAUUGUACACGAAUAAUUAUCUAGGAGUAACGAGCGGGAGAAUUCGUCAGUCUCGUUACUCCUCUCAAGAAAGUAACAUCGAGUGCAGUGCAUAUUCUUCCCUGGCAGUGGAAUAAUCAUCAGUUGUCAUCAAUGGCUCCGAACGCGGGCAAUCAAUCACCAGACAGCACAACGGAAAAUAUUUUCGAACCCAACGCAUCAUUAAUUUUCAAUGAGCUAGAAAAAUCGCCGAGAUUUUGGGAUGUCAAUCAAGAUAAUUGUCGAGAUUCUUGGUGUCGAUAUCGCAGUUCCGCGCCGGAAUACACGAAGAGCAUCAAACACUUUAUUAAUAAUGAAAAAUUUUGCGAACGUGGUAAAGAUGAGGGCAUGCAAAUUUCGGUUGAUGUUUCUCUGGAUAUCACUGUAUCACUAAAUGCCUGUUCUCUUGAGGUUCGCGAUGCCAGUUCACAGGAGAAUGAUUCUACCCUUAAGCCUCCGCCAGUAAAGAGAGCAAGAAUCGUCAAACCACCUGAGGGUUCCAUAUCUGACGAGAAACCCACGCCGAAAAUCCAUCCUUUCAGUUUCCUAGCUCGUGAAGAAGAUAAUCGUCAAAGAAAAGAGGCUCGUCGAAGCUAUUAUGAGUUACUGGCGAAGAGAGCAGGCCCACAGCCCUUCAAAGCCAGGCCGAUGCCCAACUUUAAGCCUGUCUCCCUAACACCCCCCAAAUUUAUUGCGAAAAACUCAUCACCUCAAGUAAAAGUGGCACAAACUACGACAAAAACAAGUGUAAAAACACCCAGUCUCACACAAAAAACAAGUAAACCUACAGGAGCUUUCACACCACGAUCACAAUCCAUUCCAAACGCAAAAUCCAAUGUCUUCCGGCCCAUUAGUCCACCGAGGUCGAGCCAACCUGCGGGGGGUCUUUCACAAAUUUCACGAGAAUCUCGGCUUCUCAGGAUUCCGGCGAAAAGUGCACGUGCAUUACCAUCACAAGGAUUAAAUAAAACUACGGGGAACUCUCCGCAGGUCAAAUCCUCGCUCAAACGAAAAUUCGGCACACUUACCACUUCUGGUAUCAUAAAAAGUCCUCCUAUCGUGCAGGGUUUAAAGUCCGUGGAAGGGACUCCACGAAGGCAUACAAUUACAGUCCCCAGAUGUCCGCAACUAUCCACUGCCAUUCGAGCCCAGGAACGUCGUCAAUUCGAAGAGAUGAGGCAAGAAAAAGAACGUCGCCGAGAAACUGUUCGGAAAAUGGAAAUCGCAACUAAUCGUUAUUACGAACAAGAAGCAGUGCGUGAACUACGGAAAUCGUUGGUACAUAAGCCAGUGCCACUGCCUAACUCGCCCAAUGGCUCAGUAAUGAAGCGACCAGCUAAUCAUCCGAUGUUGCCUGACUUUAUCAAACGUCCUCGAUGGUCCUGAUUUCUCAUGUGAUAUAUGUACAUGUGUAGUUGAAUUGAUAACUACGACAAGCGCACUUUUAUCGAAAAAAAAAAUUUCGCGUGACCGCGUUUAUACAUUGACUUUUCAAAUGUUAAAAUUAAUGGAUAUUCCAAUUCAAUUUAUGGAAUUUUGGAAAAGAAUAUACUAUUAUCGUACAAUGAAC